GUAAUGAUCCAGCAACUGAUUUGAGAGGAACAGGAUUGUUAGGGUUGUUGCACUUGUUGUACUUCAUUCUUGACAGUUCUACUGCAGCAACUGCAAAGAAAGUCUACCAAAUCUCUCAGGAUGAAAUACAGAACUUUCCUUUUUGUCUGAUGAGCAUCAGUAUGACAAGAAUAGCUCUUGAGGUACUUCGAGAAGAACUACUAAACAAAGAAUGUAAUCAGAGAAACCAAGUGAUGUUAGUGGUGAAUGAGUUUUAUGCAGGGACCUUCUUUCACUUAUAUCAAACAUGGAAGAAAUACCACAAGACCAUCAUAGAUACUGGUUAUGUUAUCAAAGCAGUAACAGAUUAUGUGAAGAAGAAUGUGAAGACUGUUAUUCAGAGUAUGAAGGAGUUUCAGGACCAAGAGGAAACGAAAUCAGGAGUGAUGGCGCUACAUAUCAAUGGAUAGACAUGGGACAGUUUC